AUGAAUGAACAGGCUCUGAACCAUGUCCCAACAUCAUCACGCCAGGGCCCGGGUCACCAGACGGCCCUGCACCGAGCUGCCAUGGUGGGGAACAGUGAUGUCAUGGCGGCUCUGAUCCAGGGAGGCUGUGCUGUCGACCUGCAGGACAGAGACGGCAACGCUGCACUGCAUGAGGUGUCUUGGCAUGGUUUCUCUCAGUGUGUCAAACUGCUGGUCAAAGCAGGAGCUGAUGUACACGCCAGGAACAAGGCAGGAAACACCGCUCUGCACCUGGCCUGUCAGAACGCACACGCUCAGACCGCUCGCCUCCUGCUGCUCGGAGGAUCCACGCCCGAAGCCAAGAACAACGUGGGUGACACCUGUUUGCACGUGGCUGCUCGCUACAACAACCUGACCCUGGUGAAGAUCCUGCUGGGUUCACUGUGCUCAGUGACAGAGAGAAACCAGGCAGGGGACACACCUCUCCAUGUGGCUGCUGCUCUGAACCAUAAGAAGAUGGUUCAGCUCUUACUGGAGGCAGGGACUGAUGGGAAAAUCAGAAACAACGCAGGGAAAACAGCACUUGACAAGGCCAGAGACCACAAUCAUAAAGAGGUGGCCCUUCUCCUGGCCAGGGCUCCUCAGGUGCAUUGCUUCAUGCGAGGAAGGACGAUAAGGAAACGAAGAGAGAGACUGAUAGCUGAGCGCAGGACCCAGUCUGUCAUCAGAGUAGAAGUACUACCCAACAAAGAGGACAGCAGUUCUGUGGUGGAGGAAUGUAUCAGCAGUGAACAGAUGGAGAGCAGAGCUGCUGUGGAGGUGUGUCCUCAGCGAUGGCAGCAGCAGCAGCAGCAGCAGCAGCACGGCCUCAAGACCCAGACCACCAUCAGCAGCCCCUACAGCCGCCGCAAGAGGAGGAGAGUCAAGAAGCAGGCUGUGGAUGAAGAUGACCGGAGAACAGGCAAGAACGACUUCCACAUUACGAGGGAUCUGCUCUGUGACAAUGGCGAAGACGGUUCUGCUCAGAAUGGAAAAACCUAUCAGCUUUACACACUGUACCGUGACAAGGACGGCAACAUUAGACAGGCACCAGCCAGCGGAUGCCACUGUAAGCCCCUGCUCAAGAAGCUGGAGGGUGAAAUGAAAGCCACGCAGGAGGAGAUGAGGCUGCACAUUCUGAACGUCCAGGAGCAGGUCCACAGCAGAUUGGCCAAAAUGGACCAAAGGAACAGGCACCAGAUUAAAGUGUUGAACAUGCUGAAUCAGGAAAGAGCAGCAUCAGAGAGGAAGGACAUGAUUUACAGGAUGGAGCAGAGAGCUGCCCGGGACAGACAGGAAGCUCUGAAGACACAGGCAGCAGUGAGUCAUGAACUGAAGAGGUGGUGCAUGACUCACCUAAAGGACAUGGAUGUCCACAUCCCAGCUAAAGUCCAGUACUACAAACUCCUCCCCUCACCGUCUGUGGAGCAGUCCGUGGCAGACGCUGAUCUGGAAUCACUCCCCCUGCUGUCCGUGCUAUCAGGAGACAGCAGCACUUCACUGGCGAACUAUGUCAACAUCCUGCCAUCCAAGUCUGCCUGCAGUCUGAGAAGCCUCGAGCAGGAGCAGAUGGGGAGGAGGACAUACUUUGAAAUGAGAGUGGACAGGUCACCAGACGACUAUGAGAACACAGCCCUGUUUCCUCUGCCUGCUGUCAACCAAACCUCAGGCGUCCCGCUGGGCUCUGCUGACCCCCUCUGGCAACCUCCAGGGGUGCAGAACAAUCUCAUGGCAGCAGUGGUGCCAUUGCGUGAGGAGGGCUUCUCAAGCAGCAGCAGCCGGUCCAGCAUCAGCGACCGGGGACCUGGGCUGAUCCAUGAACACAGCUAUGAUAGGAAACCCUUUGGAGAGCUGAUUAGUACCCACAGGCAGACGGAGAUACACACUGACAGAACCAGAACGCUGGAGUUCUUCAUCGACCGUCCUGCUGAGCCCACGUUCAACCAGGAGAGGAAAAAUCUGCAUGCGAUGGAGGUAACGCAGCGUUUCUUUGAGACGGUGUCCACUCAGUUGGAGCGCUGGUACGAGAGGAAGAUUGUGGAGGUGGAGCAGCAGACGGAGCUAAAGGCCCAGCAGGACAGGAAGGAGCUGCUGCAGCGAAUCAGCACGCUGGAGGAGGAGCUUCAGAAGCUGAAGACCAGUGACAAUGCAGAAAACUCGACGUACCCUGACAGUGACCAAUGCUGA